CUGAAAGAGAUUUUAGGAGAGCUUUCAAAAUGUCUGGACGUGGCAAAGGCGGCAAGGGACUAGGCAAAGGGGGCGCUAAGCGUCAUCGUAAGGUGCUGCGCGACAACAUUCAGGGAAUUACCAAACCUGCUAUCCGCCGUCUUGCUCGGCGUGGCGGUGUCAAGCGCAUUUCUGGUCUUAUUUAUGAGGAAACUCGCGGCGUUUUGAAGGUUUUCUUGGAGAAUGUUAUCCGUGACGCUGUCACCUACACGGAGCAUGCGAAGCGGAAGACGGUGACUGCCAUGGAUGUGGUGUACGCUCUUAAGCGUCAGGGGCGCACUCUGUACGGCUUCGGCGGUUGAAGUCUCCGCUUACACAACCCAAACUCUUCGUUUCUCAGCCAAAGGCCCUUUUCAGGGCCGCCCACAUUUUCGUGAGAAAGAGCUAACAUUUUGCUUUAUUGCUUCAUGUUUUAGAUUGCUGUUGGUGAGAACGUAGUUUUGAGUGUGUGUCUGACUUGCGAAUAAUUUUUUUCGUUGUUUCAGUGUUAGUUUGACUUAAUGGCUUGGGCAUAAAAAAUAACUUGUAUUCCUUCCUGCCUUCCGUAAUCAGUAAUUUAGGUGUGAGAUUAACUCGUUCUCUAAACACUCCGGUGGCAAAAUGGAGAAGCUGGACUGAGAUUGCUUAUAAUCCCCGAGCAGUUUCUUAGUGUUUAAAUACAGUUCGAAAUCGUGUUCGUGAGGUUCUCGAGUAUUGCGGAAAAGGGGUGAACUGUCGCAGAAACUGCGUUAGCGCGCUCAAAAUGGCGCGCAGGGGGAGGGACAAAGAAAGCCGGCGCUUGGGCUGUGGGCCGGAAACAAAGGCGACUUCAGAAACCCAAAGGAGAGUGCCUCCCGGCAGAAACACGACCCUGAGAUUGGUGGCGUGUGCAUUGCU